AUAUGCAAAUAUAAUUCAAUUGUGAUGGAUUCGAGGUGCACGGGUACAUAAUCUUGAAGUUCCAUGGCUUCAUCUUAUGAAAGCCUGAAAUUUAGUUGAGGUACCACAGAAGUUGUAGUCUGUAUUGCUGAAAUACUAAUAUGGAAGAACAUAGAAUCCCAUAUUAAGACUCUCUAAUGUGGAAUUCUAAGGACUUCACAAACCUACAAAUCACAGAAGUUGGAGCCAUGGGACUCAAGAGUUGUACGGCAAAGCUAAACUGUGUCCUGUCUUAGGUCCUACAAUGUAUGUGGUGUAUUUGUUGGAAAUUAGAGACAACUGUGUCAUUCAAGCAUAUGUUGGAGAUGAGAAGGGAUCUUGUCAUCAAAUCACAUUAAACAGGAAAUUUAUACGAAAUGAGGUGGGAGGCAAAUGAUUACAAGGACUUAUGCCUAAUUAUGAUGUAAUUUUGUGCACCAUUCCUCUGUUUUUCCUUCUUUAAACCUCUUUCCCAAUUCAGAUAUAAGACAUGGAGCUGGUCCAAAAUCAAACUGUGAGUCCUGAAUUUGUCUUCCUAGGUUUCUCCAGCUUCCCUGAGCCCCACCUCGUGUUCUUUCUCAUAUUUUUCACUGUAUAUCUCACUGCUUUGCUUGGCAAUGGGCUUAUCUUGACCACGGCAUGGCUGGAUUCUGGGCUGCACUCACCCAUGUACUACUUCAUCCGACACUUGUCUUUCCUGGAUAUCUGCUACACUUCAGUCACGCUGCCCCACAUGCUAAAGAAUCUAGUGACUGAGAUAAAGACAAUAUCUAUUCAGAGCUGUCUAAUCCAGCUUUACUUCCUAGUGGCUUUUCUGGGCGUUGAGUGUCUCCUUUUGGCUGUAAUGGCAUACGACCGCUAUGUUGCUAUCUGCCACCCUCUUACAUAUGUUCUCUUCAUGAACAAGAAGCUGUGCACAGGGUUGGUGGCAACCUCCUGGGCCUGUGGCUUCCUCAAUGCCAUGCUACACACCACCAUGACUGCUCAGCUGCCCUUCUGUGCUUCUCAUGAAAUUGAAAAUGUAUUCUGUGACAUUCCACAGCUUCUCAAACUGUCUUGCCAGGACACGUUCUUGAACCAAAUCACAUUGUUGGUAGUCACCUUGCUGCUUGGUGUCAGUCCUUUUCUAUGCAUUAUGGCUUUCUACAUCCACAUUGUGGGGGCAAUCCUGAGGAUCCACACCACCCAGGGCCGCCAUAAAGCAUUUUCUACUUGUUCCUCGCACCUGAUAGUUGUCACCAUCUUCUACAGCACCUGCAUGUUCAAUUAUAACCGACCCAGCUCUUGGCAUUCGGUAAUGAUAGACACCUUGGCAUCUGUGCUCUAUAAUGUUGUGACCCCAGCACUGAACCCAAUCAUCUUUUCUCUGCGGAAUAAAGAGAUGAAGGAAGGUCUGAAGCAUAUACUCAAACCCCAAAUGUCAUUUUCCCUCUAAUGCUAGCUUAGUAAUCAAAUCCCAUGCGUUACCUGUCAAUCAGCAAGAGUAAAUUUUAAUACAGUCUGUACUAUUAAAUUUGUUAUUAAAUGUGCUUAAAUGUAAUCGGUGGUUGUUAUUUUGGAGGUGAAGUUCACUCCCUUUGCUUAGUGUCUUUCUUCAGCUGUAUGGCAGAAUACUCAAAUCCAUGGCCUUAAAAAUAAGUAAUAAAAAAUUGGUGGUUUCUCUCAUCUUCUGCUAUGUAUGGCUCAAUGCUAUAGAAUCAUCAAAGUUAUAGUUUUGUAAGAUCUUUAGCUUUCCCUGCCAAAGAGUGCUGAUGCCUCACCAAACUACAUACUCCAGGAUCCCAUAGCAUUGAGCCAUCAUAGUUAAAUUGGUGUCAAAUUGCUUUAAGGACCUCAUCACAUGAAGUCACUAAUGUGGGCAACAGUGGGGGUAAUCAGUCAUCCCAUACCUCGC